AUGUCUAGUCAGCGUCUUGUCCUAGGCCUCCCACGUGUCUUGCCGUCGCUGCCGCCUUCGCCUGCGCCGCCGUGUCGUCCCUGCGUCGAGGGUAGGCUGCGCGCCACCCCUCACUCCUCCUCCCUUCGUCCGGCCACCGAGCCUUUUGAGACGCUUCACUUGGACGUCUGGGGCCCAGCCCCUCGUCUAGGCCCUGAGCGUGAGCGUUACUUUCUGGUGGUCGUUGACGACUUCUCCCGCUACACCACAGUGUUCCCUCUGGCGAAGAAGUCUGAGGUGACUUCCUACGCUGAUCAGGUGGUUGCUCACCACCGAGGACACUCGUGGUCGUCGUGUCAGCUGUCUCCACUCCGACCGUGGGGGUACGCCGCGCACCAGCUGAACCUCUGGCCACGUGUCUCUCGACCAGAGGUUUCACCGACCAGUCUUUGGACAGGGUUCCCUGGUGUUGCGUCGCGGUUUCGUGUCUGGGGGUGCUUGGCUCUUGUCCGCGACACCUCCGCGGACAAGCUCUCGCCUCGUGCCGUCCCCUCGACCCCUCGGGUCGCCAUUUCCCCUGCGGCCCCCGCCGCCUUCACUGACGCGGCCCCGCCGCCCUCUCUGUCGCGGCCCCGCCGCCUGCUCUCACGCGGCCCCGCCCCGGCUCCUUCGCGGCCCCGCCGCCUGCUCUCGCGCGGCCCCGCCCCGGCUUCUACGCGGCCCCGCCCCGGCUUUCACGCGGCCCCCGCCGACGGCUUUGUCGCGGCCCCGCCCAGGCCCUUACGCGGCUCCGCCGCCUGCUCUCACGCGGCCCCGCCCCGGCUCCUUCGCGGCCCCGCCGCCCUGCUCUCGCGCGGCCCCGCCCCGGCUUCUACGCGGCCCCGCCCCGGCUUUCACGCGGCCCCCGCCGACGGCUCUGUCGCGGGCCCCGCCCAGGCCCUUACGCGGCCCCGCCGCCUGCCCCCCGUCGCGGCCCGGUCACCUCCUGACGGCCCCCGCCGUCCCUUCGUGACGGCCCCGCCGGCACCUCCUGACGGCUCCUGCCGUCCCCUUCUACCGGCCCCCGCAACUGCACCUGCUGGCCCCGCCGCUGCACCUACCGGCACCCCCACCACCCACCCCCCCCCCCCUUUUCCCGUCGCCCGUCGCGGCUCCUUCGGGGGCCGCAGCAGAGGGGUGGCAGGUGUGUGGCCUCCCCUGCUUCUCCUCCUCCUUCAUCUCCCACUGCAGCAGCCGAGCCGCUCACCUGCAGCAGCCGAGCCGCCCCACCGCCGAGCCGCCCUGCACCCGAGCCGCCCCAGCAGCCGAGCACCCUGCCGCCGAGCCGCCGGCCCCAGCGACGCCGGCGUGAGUCCCUCACGCCCCAGCAGCUGCGUGGGUGGUACGCUGGUUGGGGCUGUAGUGGUGGCGACGCUACUCCUACUUCCAUUCCUGCUGCUUCUACUCGUGGUGGCGGCCAGAUGCAGCUCCCCGCGACCCUCUCGCGUGUCUCUCACGCCUCGCCAGCUUCGUGAGUGGUACGCUCAGAGUGGAGGGUCUCUCAGUGCUGUUCGCUGCUCUUACGUGAUUCGCACUGGUACUCGGACUGUACAGGUGCGGCUCGCUGCUCUAGGUGCUAGUGAGUCUGCUUCCUCAGGUGCGGGUGAGGCUGCGCUCUCAGGUACGCAGCGUCGGUCUCUCCCCUCCCCUUCCUUCGGGCACCAGGACCUUCCUGUGUACCCUGUGUCGAGGGGCGCCUCAGGGCUGCUCCUCACUCCUCCCAGUUUCCCCCGACAGAGGCCUCCUCUGCAGACGCUUCACAUGGACGUGUGGGGCCCGGCCCCCGUCCGUGGGCAGGGUCACGAGCGCUACUUCCUGUUGGUGGUUGACGACUACUCGCCUCAGGAGGAGCUUCGGCUCGGACUUUCCGUUCUGCGUCUGCACUCUGACCGAGGUGGGGAGUUCUCCUCUCGCCUUCUGCGAGACUACUGUCGUGCACAGGGGAUCCGCCAGACCUUUACGCUUCCGGACUCUCCACAGCAAAAUGGGAUUGCUGAGCGCCGCAUUGGCAUGGUCAUGGAUGUCGCUCGUACGUCCAUGAUGCAUGCGGCUGCCCCCCAUUUUCUGUGGCCGUUUGCGGUUCGGUACGCGGCGCAUCAGCUCAACCUUCACCCCAGGGUCUCUCGGCCCGCGAUGUCCCCAGUGUUACUGUGGACGGGGAAGGUUGGCGAUGCGUCUGCGUUCCGUGUCUGGGGAUCUCGGGCGUUUGUCCGCGACUUGUCUGCGGACAAGCUGUCCCCCCGUGCUGCUCCCUGUGUCUUCCUUGGCUUCCCCCCUGACGCUCCAGGGUGGCAGUUCUACCACCCCUCCUCUCGUCGUGUUCUGUCCUCCCAGGACGUCACGUUCGACGAGUCAGUCCCCUCUCUACCGCCUCUUCCCCUACCGUACUCCUUCCCUUCCCCCCCACCGGACUUCCUGGUACCAGUUUCCCCCCCGGUAGACCCCCUCCCCCCUCAGGUUCCUGCCCCUUCAGGUGUGUCCCAGCCUGGGGGUGCUGAGCCUGGGGGUGCGAGGCCGGGGGGUGCUGAGUCUGGGGGUGCUGAGCCGGGGGGUGCUGAGCCGGAGGGUGCUACGUCAGGAGCUGCUGAGCCUGGGGGUGCUGGGCCUGGAGGUGCAGAGCCUGCGCCUGCUGGACCUGGGGGCUCUCCGGUUCUUCCGUCUCGGCGGGAGCCGCUCUCUCCACAGGAGCUGCGCGAGUGGUUUGCUCGCCGCUGGAGGCGUGCUGCUGGAGCUGGAGCUUCUUCGCCUGCUGAGGGUGCUGCUGCGGUCCCGGAGCUGCUGGGCCUGCGGGUCCUACUGGAGCUGGAGCCACUGAGUCUGGGGGUGCUGAGUCUGGAGCUGCUGAGCCUGGAGGUGCUGAGUCUGGAGCGGCUGUGCCUGGGGGUGCUGAGUCUGGAGCUGCUGAGCCUGGGGUUUCUCUGCUGCUGCGUCUCGCCGGGAGCCCUCUCUCCCCAGGAGCUGCGUGAGUGGUUUUGCUCGCCGCUGGAGGAGUGCUGCUGGAGCUGGAGCUUCGUCGACCGUCGAGGGUGCUGGUGCUGCCGGUCCCGGAGCUGCUGGGCCUACGGGUCUACUGGAGCUGGAGCUGCUGAGGGUGUUAGUGCUGAGACUACUGCUGUCUGUCCUGGCGGUGGUUCUGCUGCUGGUGCUGCUGGAGGUCCUGCCGCUGGAGGUGUUGGUGGCGCUGGUGCUGUCGCUGAGGGUGCUGGUGCUGUCCCUGCUGAGUCUGGAGCUGCCACGCGGCCUCGGCCGUACUUCGUUCCGCUCCUACAGCAGGUUCUUGGUCUUUCUCCUUCGGUAGAGUGUCCACAGCCUGUCCAGUCGCAGUCACUGUUGGAGCCUUCCUCUCCUCUGCCUGCUCCCUCUCCUUACACUGGUCCUACUGGAGGUCUUGCUGAGCGUCGUGAGCCUGCGUCUCGUCCCGCGUCGCCUGUUCGUGCUACUCGCGCUAGUGGUCGCGGUUCGCGUCAGCGUCCUCCUCCUGUCCCUGGCACGCACCGGAUGUCUCUGCGUCUGUCCACUGCUCCUCUGCGUGACCCUUUGCCUUCUCCUCCUGAGUCCUCUCUUGCGCUUGCCGACCCUGAGUCGGACUCUCUUCGCGCUGCCAGUCCUACUGUCACGCGUCUGCUUGCUACUGUCGUCACUGACCCCUCUUUUGAGUCCACUGCUGCGUCUGCUCUAGUCGCUGAGCUCGUUGACUUUGCUGCUCGCUGUCGUCUCGACUACGCUGCUGGUCUUGUUGCUGAGUCUGCGUCUGUCUGUCCUCCGUCCGUCGGGGGUGAGUGUGCUCUUGGCACGGACGUCCUAGAGGACAGACAGGAGGAGUUACUGUGUCUAGCGGCUGCUUCAUCAUCUCGCGUCUGUAUGCUUGCCCCUGAGGGAGACCCGGAUGCACUAGACAUCCCGACUCCGCGUUCUUACGCGGAGGCCGUAGAGGGUCCCUACUCCUCUCAGUGGCAGGCAGCUAUGGAUGCAGAGAUGGCUUCCUGGAAGUCCACAGGCACCUACGUUGACGCAGUUCCCCCUCCUGGGGCGAACAUCGUCAGUGGCAUGUGGAUCUUCCGGCGGCAGGGAGUUGACUACUUUCAGACCUUCUCUCCCACCCCGAAGAUGACCACUCUUCGGGUGCUGCUGCACAUAGCCGCUCAGCGCGACUACGAGCUUCACUCUCUCGACUUCAGCACUGCGUUCCUGCAGGUCUACGGUCUCCGCCAGGCACCGCGUGGAGUGGCACGACAACAGAGGACUACGCUGGCGGCACUGGGGUUUGCUCCUUCUACUGCUGACCCGUCGCUGUUUCUGCGCACCGACACUUCACUGCCGCCGUUCUACAUCCUCGUGUACGUCGACGACUUGGUCUUUGCCACAGCGGACACUGCUGGACUCGCCUACGUGAAGUCCGAGCUGCUGAAGAGACACACGUGCACAGACCUGGGUGAACUGCGCAGCUACCUUGGCUUGCAGAUCACUCGGGACAGAGCACGCCGCACCAUUACCUUGACUCAGUCACACAUGGUGCAGCAGGUCCUUCAGCGCUUCGGCUUCACGUACUCCUCGCCUCAGGCCACUCCUCUGCCUACUCGCCACUCACUCUCAGCUCUGCCUUCGGAUGAGUCCGUAGAGUCGAGUGGUCCGUAUGCAGAGCUUACCAGAGCACAUGGCUGCAGCGAAGAGGGUAUUGCGCUACCUGUGCAGUACGUCGGGCAUGGGGCUUGUGCUUGGAGGGCGGAGUCCAGUGGUCCUUACCGGCCACGCGGACGCUUCUUGGGCUGA